UCAUCAAUUUCUUUAUCUUCUAAUGAUUUAGAUUUGCCAGAGCAUGUUUCAUUAAGGUUAGAUGUAUCGGAAAUUGUAUCGUCUAUCUGUCCUGAAGUUGCUUCCUGGUUAGCUGAAAAAACGGUAAUCUGUGCAUUUCCACCACUUGAACAAUUCUUGCUGGGCAAUGAAAUGGAAUAUUCCAGAGACUUUAAAUCAUUAGUAACAGUUCGAUUUUGCUUCUCAACAUUCUUAACAGAUCAUUUUAAAUUUGCAAUUUCUGCCUUGAGCUCGGCAUUUUCUGUCUGA